GUUAUGACGUCGUCAUCGCAUUAGGAACCACCUUACUUUAAGUACACGACUUCAGCGGCAGUAUCUCCAGGACCUGUACGGAAGCAAAACUAUAAAGGUCCAUUGUCGCUAGUUUUCAUCGAUUUUUUAAAACCUGAUUUUCAACUUAGCUUAUAAGCCCAGUGUCGGGUUUCAUUUUUUAGUAAGAUACAGAACAUUGCCAUUGCUUUGGUAUCGUCAAUUCUGACGGCUGAACUAUAGGAGUUCUUACCAAAAUCUAUCAAGUUCUUCUGAAACACUCUGGGCAACAUGGAUGCCCCGAAGGUGAAUUGUGAGGAGAGCUCCUGGGGGACGGCCCCGGAGCGGGAAGAGAAGAGUUUACGAACGCUUCUUAACAGUCGAAUGGAGAACUCUUCAGCACACGGCAUACCAAACAUUCAACGCUCCUCAGGACUAGUCACUAAACUCGCUUGGUCACUUAUCUUUCUGGCUGGUAUUGGUGUCAUGACUUGGCAAGCUGUCAUUCUCUUUCAAACUUAUUUCGAGUGGAAAUACUCGGUCGAUAUUGAGAUGAGGUUCAAUCGGACCCAAUCCUUUCCGGCCAUCACCAUCUGCAACACGAAUCCCGUAAAGAGAUCCGAACUCGAAACCAGGGAUGCAUCAUUCCGACGAGCUUUCGACGUCCAUUACGUGUCCAGCACGCCCGACCAGCAGCCCCUACCUGACGUGCCAGAUGGCGUCACACCUUCUAUGCUCAAUAAUUCAGAUUCUGGCAAUGAAACUCAAGGAGGGUCUACUAAUGAACAAGUCGACAUGUCUGAGGCUGUGAACGACUGGAGAUCUCGUAUCGCGAUACCAAAGUUCUAUCGCAUGAAAUCUGAGGAUUACGGGAAGAAACGUAUUCGAGUAGUUACUCUGGCCAAUGAGACUCUAGAAGAGCGGGUUUCUCUGGGUCAUAAGUUGGAUGAUAUGCUACUUGAUUGCUCCUGGAAAGGCAUACCCUGCUCGCCCGAAAAUUUUACAAAGUUUUACGACUCAAUACUAGGAAACUGUUACACCUUCAAUUCUGGAAAAAAUGGGGAACAAUUAACCACCAACCGACCAGGCUCUACUCACGGUCUUACUCUGGAGCUCUUUGUGCAGCAGGAUGAAUACGUGGAAGGUAUGACAGAAGAAGCAGGUUUUAGGGUCAGUAUCCACCAUCCAUCUAAAAUGCCAUUCCCGCAAUUUAAUGGCCUCUUAGUGUCUCCAGGUUUCGCCACCAACAUUGGACUUCGCAAGCUCGAAGUGGAUCGAUUACCAAAACCCUAUGGAGAUUGCGAGGCAGACCUGUCAAAGAAUAUUGAGGAUGAUAUUUACCAUCAACAUUACAGCAUUACAUACAACAGGAAGACGUGUGAAGUGAGUUGCUUCCAAAAUGAGGUGAUAAGUAGAUGUGAUUGCUUUGACGCAACGUACCCAAACUCUCUUAAAGUCAACCAUACUGUCUACCCAUGUGAAUACAUCAAUGACGUUGAGACCCAAUGUAUCGCCGAUAUCGAGAUGGAACAUGCCCGUGACGAGCUGGAGUGUAACUGCCCCCUCGCCUGCCGUGAAACUACAUAUUUGACAGGUGCCAGUUCUUCCAUUUGGCCUUCAGAUGCUUAUGAGUCUACGCUAAUUGAAAAGAUGUUGAAGUAUAAUGCAGAAAUUCGGGGGCAUGUCGUAGGUGAAAACGCUUCGGACUGGACCAGGAGGAAUAUGGCUAAAGUGGAGAUAUUCUACGAUGAGUUUAACUAUGAAUACAUCCGACAAGAACCAGCAUACACGAUUCCCGAUCUUCUGAGCGAUAUUGGCGGGCAGCUUGGUUUGUGGCUCGGCCUCUCAAUCAUCACUAUCUUCGAGUUUUUUGAAGGCGCUUGGCUCGUUCUCGCUUUUUUCUGUUCUCGGUCUGGGAACAAGACCAACCGAAGCGAAAUCGACCCUGGGACCAAGACCACUUGAUAGUUCCCCGCACCUUAUCGAGCUGUGAUUGAUAGUAGUUAUCGACGUGAUCGAUCAACUUAUGACGAAGGAGUAUCCACGAUCCUGAUUGGAUAAUAAGAAUUAAAUGAUAUCCAUACAAGUCACAUUUGUGUAGCACUUAUAAUUAUAUUCAAAUGGUGUAUAUAUUUACAAAAAAAAAACUGAUUUUUGUUAUAUAUAAUUUUUUCUGUUCGUAUUCUUUUUCUAAAUUAGGGCUUGUUCGGAUUUCACGCCUUCUAACCUAUUUGUAUAUAUAUGUGUAUGUUUUAUUUAACUUUGUAUGUAAAUCAUGAUAAUCUAUAAUGUAUGUUUCUUUGUAAAAUUGUGAUUGCGCUUUGAGAGGGCCUUCGGUCCUGAAAAGCGCUAUAUAAGAACUAGCUAUUAUUGUUAUUAUUAUUUUAUAUGUACGGCCAUGCUGAAGAACAGCCAUUGGCUAAAGCAUGUCACCGUGCUAAAGUAAAAUAAACAAACAAACUUCGUUUCUAGGCGCUUUAUCCUAGGACAACUACCCCUGAGGACGACUACCCCUCCUCACUCCAACCUGCGCACUGGGACCCAGGCGCGGAUCCAGGAUUUCUUAGGGUGGGGUCCCAAUUUUUUUUCUCUUUGCUCCCGAAAAUUUGUAAAUCGCCCUAGCCGAAAAUGCGCUCAGUGGAGGAGUGAGCACAUUUUUUGGGGGGGCCCUCGCAAUUUUGAAAAUUUUCACCCCCCCCCCUGAGCGCCAGGAGGGGCCCAUCUCCCGGGGGGGGGGGGGAGGGUGUCUGGAUCCGCCACUGGCGGGACCACUACUAUUUAAAUUUCACCAGGGAAGGGGGGGCUGUGUUGAUAUCGCUUACCCGAAUGGCAAACUUCAAUCUUUUUUUAAAAAUAUUUUGAGCGAGCAAAAAAAAUUGAAACUGUGUAAUUGUGCCAGUAAAAAUAAGAUAGAUAAAUGUGGAGAAAUGAAUACUCGAUUCCCGAAUAUUAGAUCGCGGUUACACGCAUCUCGGGGGCUGCAGCCCCAGACGCCCCGGCCUCACAUUGCCUGCCUUGCUCAUUCAUGAGUGCGAAUCGGUCAUUGUUCCCUCGUGCAUGUGUGGGUUAUGUUGUUGUUGUUGGUAAUAGUUUAAUGGCGUUCAUUCAGUAUUGAAUAUAUACGCCAUAUCUUCUUUAUUAUUCUAUUUUAUAAGAAAAUCAGUUAAACAUAAGAAAACUGAGAAUAAAGAUUUGUAAUGAUAUAAUAUAUUAAUUAAUCAGUAACGCUGUUUAUUAGGAGUCGCUGGAUGGUUUGCAACUUCGUGUUUCUGCUUUUUAAAAAGUUUAAUCUGGUCAGCCUUGUUAUGGACGCUUUGUGGGUUAUGGACGCUCUGUCCGGCGGUUGAACAAUUAAAUAGUUAUUACGUAUUGAAUGAUGGAAA